AUGGCCUUUUGGAGCUCUUCCCACCACCUCCCACUCCUAGGCCUCCUGUCUCUCCUCCUCCUCUUCUUCACCACCACCACUGCCAUCCGUAUUGGCGUUGUCCUUAAACCGUCCUCCGGAGUCCAUAUCUUCCGGGAGGCACCGGCAUUCCGUAAUGGCAACACAUGUGGGUCACAAACCACCAGCUCCAUCCAUAUAGUCAUGACCCUAGACGCCAAUUAUCUCCGUGGCACAAUGGCAGCAGUGUUAUCCAUCUUACAACAUUCAACGUGCCCGGAAAACGUCUCCUUCCACUUCCUUUCGCUCCGGUCCGAGCCUGAAAUCUUCUCCACCAUCAAAUCCACCUUCCCCUACCUUAACUUCAAGCUAUACCAGUUUGACUCGAGCCGUGUUCAUGGCAAGAUAUCCAAGUCCAUUAGACAAGCCCUUGAUCAGCCUCUGAACUAUGCAAGAAUCUAUCUUGCUGACAUACUCCCAUCGAAUGUGAGCCGUGUCAUAUACUUGGAUUCGGAUGUUAUCGUGGUGGAUGACAUAGCGAAGUUGUGGGAGGUUGAUUUGGAGGAUAAAGUGGUGGCUGCACCAGAAUACUGCCAUGCAAAUAUCACAAACUACUUCACGGAAGCGUUCUGGUCGGACGAAAACUUGGCCAAAGUGUUUGAAGGGAGAAGGGCGUGUUACUUCAACACAGGAGUGAUGGUGCUUGACAUAGAUAGAUGGAGAAAAGGAGGGUAUACACACAAGGUUGAGAAGUGGAUGGUUGUGCAGAAGAGAAAGAGGAUAUACCAAUUGGGGUCUUUGCCGCCUUUUUUGCUUGUGUUGGCAGGUAAUAUAAAGGCAGUUCAUCAUGGUUGGAACCAGCAUGGGCUUGGUGGUGAUAACUUUGAAGGCAAGUGUAGAGGGCUCCAUCCUGGGCCUAUUAAUCUGCUGCAUUGGAGUGGCAAGGGUAAGCCAUGGUUGAGAUUGGACUCACGGAAGCCGUGCCCGGUCGAUCAUCUGUGGGCCCCGUACGAUCUCUACCAUUCAUCGAGAGUCAUGUUAGAAGGAUGACAAUGGAGAAAAUUCUGGUUAUAGGGGAAACAGCUUUCAGAAGGAUGUCAUUAUUUAAAGAUCGCAACACAAAAGUUUAGGUAGAUGUAUGAAAAAUGAGGUUAGGGACUUUAUGGUUUAGAGCAAGGCAAGAUCACUUUAUUGCCUUUGUUUUGUUAGCAUAGGCUUUAGUUGUUUUAGAUUGUAAAGAAAACAACCCAUUAUGCUAGCUAAAAAACUGGAGCUUGUCCCUUGAGGAAAAAAAAAAAAAAAAAAAAACACAGUUUAGGCCUGAAAAGUCCCUACGCAAAUCCAUCCGUGAUGAUUCUACAUGUUUAUGCAUUUUGGGCAGCAUGGUAGAACAACAUUUUGGCAGAAUAAUAAUUCAAAAAUUUGGGUUUUUUGCAAUUUUUUUUAUUUAUUUUUAUUUAUUCUUAAUUCAUUGUGAUGGCAUCCUCCUAUUAUCACCCAUUAUCAUAUAUCAGCAUAUAUAACAAUAUAUAUAUAUAUAUAUCAGCACAGAUUGCUUGUAGCAAG